GGGACAUCGAAUUAUCAAAGUUUAGAUUGCUAACUUUACCGGGCACCUUUCAACAAUCAAUAUCCGUACUUCCUAAAAAGCCCCGUGGAAUAAUCUGAACUUUCCUGAGCUGUGGAGUUCAUAGAGUCCCUAUCUUGAUCUGCAGCCCAAAUCUACAUCUUUGGCAAAUUGUGGCUGACACUAAAACGCCUCGUGUACUCCCUCCUUUAUAACUGAGCGGUGUGAUUAAAUCAAACCUCCCAUCCUAAGCUCUCGACAAAUCUCAAGCGAAGAGUCAAAUAGGAAUGGCAACUACUCUGGCUGCCCAAUGCAGCACUGCUGAGGCAGACUCCACCAUCCAGGAGAAACCAACGGGCCCGGUUAUGGUCCCUCUUGCUGCUCCGACAUCGACCAGCCGACCGAAGGAACGCGCCCCGUUGACCGCAGAUCAGGAGGCCAAAUAUGACUGGCUUCUGGAGCAGGCCAGAGGCUGGAAGGCGGUCUCCUCAGACAAGGGGAAAGGCGGGCCACUUGCAGACAAUGAGCGGAUGUGGCUGACUCGCGAGUGCCUCCUCCGCUAUCUCCGGGCUACGAAAUGGAACCAGAAAGACGCAGAGAAACGGUUGCUGGCCACCCUCGCUUGGCGGAGAGAGUACGGCGUCGAGGAGCUCACCCCGGAGCACAUCUCGCCGGAGAACGAGACGGGGAAACAGAUCAUUCUCGGCUACGACAAGGAGGGCCGCGUCUGCCACUAUCUCAACCCGGGCCGCCAAAACACAAACGUCUCUCCCCGCCAGGUCCAGCAUCUGGUCUUCAUGGUCGAGCGCGUCCUCGACCUCAUGCCCCCGCAGCAGGAGACCUUGGCCCUGCUUAUCAACUUCAAGGAGGGCAAGAGCAGAUCCAACACGGCUCCGGGCAUAGGCCAGGGACGAGAGGUCCUGAACAUUCUCCAGACUCACUACCCCGAAAGACUAGGCAAAGCCUUGAUUAUCAACGUUCCUUGGGUCGUCUGGGGUUUCUUCAAGCUGAUCACGCCCUUCAUCGAUCCAUUGACCCGCGAGAAGCUGAAGUUCAACGAGGACAUGCGCCAGUAUGUUCCAGAGGAACAGCUAUGGACGGAAUUCAAUGGCGGUCUGGACUUUGAGUAUGACCACUCGGUCUAUUGGCCGGCGCUGCAGAAGCUAUGUGGCGAGAGACGCGAGGAGCAGAGGCGACGAUGGGUCGCCGGCGGUAAGCUCAUUGGAGAGCACGAAGCUUACCUCGGUGGCCACUCACCGACCGGCGCCGCCGGGGUGCCUCCUAGCAAUGCCGAGGACGAGGUGGAGGCUCCCGACUCUGCGGGCGAGGUAUCGGCACCUGCCGAUGCGGCCAAAGACAAGCCCGAGCAGGCAGCCACGGAAAGUGAAAGAAAUAGGUAGCUGAAGUGUUCCGGUUGGGGAGGGGAGGGAAGAGGAGUGAAACUAAGCUUUGCUAUUGAUGGCAAAUGCACUCUUAAUCAGAUGUAAUUAGCCCCCGCUGUGCUCCUAACUGAAGCACCAUGUGGGCGGGAUGCAAUGGAACCGACCUUCCAGACUAAUAUACCUUAGCCAUACACCACACCGAUUUUCCGGGUCUUGUCAUUGCCAGUAUCCCGAGUCAUGACAUCCUACUUCGCCGGCACUAUGAAUGGACUUCUGCCUUGGCCUCGAGAGUCGCGACAUUGGCUUUUCGCCCGACAGCUUUAAGGCGAGAUCUCAAGCACCAAGAUCUAGU